AUGUCAAGCUAUUCUUCGCUAUCUCGAGUACUUUCGCCGUUCCGAGUACAAACUAAAAUUGAGGAAAAUUCCUUACCUGCUAGAUCUAACGUUAUACACAUAAGAUAUACCAUGGCAUAUUAUCUCGUUCUAGGUGAAGUUCCCAUUAAAAGAAAACUUGAUUUUGUUAAAUUCGAUUUCUCAGGACGCGUCAUGAUACUCAGGAAUGCUAUCUAUGAUAAGAAGAAGAACACCUUUUCCAGUAAAAGUAUUGACGAAAGCGACCUCAUAUUAUGGAAAGUCGAUAUUCCUUUCGAUGGUGAAAAUGAUAAGCUGAUGAUGCUUGAUGAAAGGUUUGAUACAAUUAACAUUGAACAAGAUCUUGAAGGAAAGAAAAUGUUACCAGGAGACGAAAUUUCAAAAUAUUUAAAAAACUUUGAUAAACCAUCAUCCUCAAUUCACAUUCUCGGAAAAGAAGACACGGAGAGUCAGACUUGGAUGAAGAAAGCGGAACCCAAAAAAAAGAUAAACGAACACGUGACGAAAACCCUGGCUUCUCUUCUUACUUCGUCAAUAUUACAACCGCAUAUUACAAAUAUUCCUUCCCACAAGUUUUACGAUCGUGAUCAAGCUCUACAUUCAAUGUUAGAAGUUGCUCGCUUUAACUACUGUCAUCGCAAAAGUCCUGAUUACAAAGAUCAUAAAUUUGUCCUAAUUCCUGGAGGGAUUGGAAUAGGCAAGACACGAAUGGGCUGGGAGACAAAAAAUAUGUUGGAUAACCUGACAAGAAGAAAUGACGACACUGAUGAGUUUGUGAAAGCUCUGAAGAAUCCCUACUACUUCUCCAUUGAUUUGAAUAAUGGAUGCAAGUAUAUUCCUGGUUUUGAUGACAAGGUAUCUGCAAGUGUGCGAAUAGGAAGCCGUGUCGCAAUGGCUUCAGGUUUGGUGUCUGAGAAACUAUCUGAUUUGUCAAAAAUGAACGUUGAACUCUUCUACCUUUCUGCUGUGAUUUAUGAGAUUUUUAAACGUCGCCCUAAACAGCGUUCAGUUGAGGCUAUCAUCAUCCAUCUUGACGAAUAUCAACUUUAUAUUAAUGAUGUUCAACAAUACCAACAACUAUCAUGGACAAAUUCUCGCGAUUUCUUUAUAUCAAUGCUAAGGGAGAUUGGUAGUGUCAUGCGUGGUAAUAUGAUGAUACCAACAGAAAGUGGACAUGCAGAUUAUGAGCUUAAUGGCAAAUAUUUUAUCAUUCUGAUCUGCACAGGAACGUCUGCUAUUGACGUUCAUUUUUUACCUACGGAGCAUACUCAAGUAAUGUUGGAGCUUAAGCCUUUGAAUUAUGCCUCAGCAAAGUCUAUGUUUCUUGACAAGUAUGAUUAUUUGAAGCAAACAACCGAUGAAGGAAGAGAUCUAGUGGUGCAAGGCCUCAAAUCACAUUACUGUUCUGAUCUUAAUAAAGAUAUCGAAAAGCUUUCAACGAAUUUUUGUAACUAUGUCCUGAAUCAACAACAUUUUCAAAUUGCCAUGUCUGACACUGGCUUUAUUCCAAAAUUUAUUGACGAUCUCUUAAGUCCUUCUACCCUUACAUCAUAUUUUGACUGGGGAAAUCAACUUUUUACUAAAAUAUCUCAGCGGAAUAUUGCUAAAAUUGAAAAUAGUCCAAGUGAAUGGAAGGAUCUUGAUGAUAUAUGUACUAGUGGCAUAUCCAUUGGUGAACUUGAGCGGUCUGGUUUGAUCUAUCUUUCUAAUACUAAUGAUGAAUGGUAUACUAUCGUUAUGCCCUUUAUGUUAUUGAAAGUUCUUAACAACAAGCUUCUGGUAUUUAAUGUAGAACCUGUGUUUCAAGAUAAUCUUCUCUUAAUCCCAACAUAUGAAACUCCUUGGCAAUGGCAAAAUUUUGAACUUUUAUAUGGGCAUUUUCAAAAAGCCCUUAUUGAUAGUUUAAUCUACGUUCAAGAGUUAAGGAAAAAUUCUGUUAAACAUGAAAUUCAACUACUUAAAAAAUAUUUGGAAAAACAAGAGGAUGAUAACGAACAAAUCAUAAUUGAGAAGCAAAUUGAUUCGAAAAACCAAGAGCUUGACCGUCAAAAAAGGCAUAAUUGGCAACUAUCUGAUAUAUUUCGUGGUGCUUUAGGUGCUAACACACUUCUCCAACGCAAGGUACAAUUACAUAAUCUCAAAGUCUUUACUGAAAAUAAGAAGUUUCUUGUAAAAACAGAUGAUGUUGCAAGUUUUGAUAAGUCAGUGUUAUGUGAUGAUAACGUAAUCCGCUCACUUGAGGAAGGCAUUUUUCACUGUUACCAAGGAAAUGCUAACAUAGAUCACUGCUGGUUUCUUGAUUCUGCCGACAAUGGAAAAAAAUUAGCGAUCUUUUCACAAAUCAAGUACUCAGAACGCGGUGUAACAACUAAAAUAUCAACACCAGAUAUUAAAGAUUGGUACGAUAUAACAAUGAAAUCAGUAGAAAAUUAUAAGAAUGACUAUGAUGUGGUUCUUGUUUUGUUCACAAAUCG